CCCAAGAUGUCCCGCCGCUUCGCAGAGCAGCUGGCCAAGGUGCCUGGUAAGGAGACGGCGCUGCCGCCACCCGAGGCAAUCAAGCUGUGCCUGGACACAGCCAGCGCCAAGUUCACAGAGACCGUGGAGGUGCAUGCCAAGCUCAACAUCGACCCCAAGUACACCGACCAGCAGCUGCGCGCCACCGUGUCGCUGCCCAAGGGCACAGGCACGUGGGACAGCAGCAAAUCGCUGCGUGUGGCGGUAGUGUGCCAGGGUGAGAACGAGAAGCUGGCGCGUGAUGCUGGCGCCGACUUUGUGGGCGCCGAGGACCUGAUUGAGACCAUCGGCGGCGGCAUGAUGGACUUUGACAAGCUGGUGGCCACGCCCGACAUGAUGCCCAAGCUGGCCAAGCUAGGACGCGUCCUGGGCCCACGCGGCCUGAUGCCCAACCCCAAGGCGGGCACUGUGGCGACCGAUGUUGCCGCGGCUGUGAAGGACUUCAAGGGCGGCAAGGUGGAGUACCGCGCCGACAAGGCGGGCAACGUGCACCUUGGGUUUGGCAAGGCCUCCUUCAGCCCUGAUGACCUGCUGGAGAACCUGAAGGCCGUGCAGGACAGCAUCGACGCCAACCGGCCCAGCGGGGCCAAGGGUGUGUACUGGAAAAGCAUGACGGUGUGCACGACCAUGGGCCCGGCUGUGCGCGUGUCGUACUCGGCUCUCAGGGACAUGAAGAGCGAGUGACCUUUAUGCACACUUGUAAAAGCUGGAAGAGCGG